CACCAGCAUUUCUUAUAAAAGUAAGAUGAGAAAAUAAACCUGCAUCAGUUUACUUUGAAGCUUUUCCAAUAAAAUGAAGUGGAUAUCCUUAGUUUUUGUCUUUGGUCUAUUGGCCAUGGCGAGUGCAUCGCCUUUGAUUCCGGGCAACGUUAUUAUCAAUGGAGGAGAUUGCCGCAAAUGUAACGUUCAUGGAGGCUAGUCUGGAGUCGAUAAAAAACCUUUACGUUUUGUAAACCACAUAUAAAGAAAGUAAAAGUUCUUGGCAUAUAAA